AUGGCGUUGAUAGCGAACGGUUUACGAGAUCGGUGGAACUCGGUGGCCGGACCGACCGAUUGUUGGUCGCCGAAAAAGCCGGUUUCACGAAAAAUCCUCAGGGCGAGUCCCGAGACCCGUGUACGGGACGUCCGCUGUCGCACCGAAGAGUGUUUAACGGUCAGUGGCAAUCCGGACAGGCGGGCCAGUGGCGGCGCUUGA